AUCAAUAAUUUUUGUUCGUUUUAAACGUUGUUAUAUUCUAUGGCUUUAAACGUUUAAACCACGACUUUAGAUAAUGAAGAAUAAUAGUUUAUUUUUCUAAAAUCUAAACCUGUGAUUUCAAAAGAUAAUUAUUUUGAUUUUGAACUUUUACAUGACUGUGGCAAUGUGCCUAGUGUGGCCUAUGGGUUAACGUUUUACUCUUAACUCCAUAGAUCAUCCGCUUUUGAAUUUUUGAUGUUAGUCAAUAGACAAGAAUUCAUCUAAAACAAGAGUUGUAAGUAGUUGUAUUUGUCUGUUUGAUUGAAUCGUUUUGUCAUUGAUAAAUAAUAUCACCUCCUCAUAAAAUGGCAGAUGAAGUUAAAAUAUGCGAGAUUCAAGGGUUGGAACUAAUAUUAAAUUCAAUUAACUGUGAAAAGUAUAAAUCCAAGUUUGAAAAUUAUGGAAUUAAUGAAUAUACGUUUGCUCAAUUGACAGUGGAUGAUCUCAAAGACCUGAAUGUAGAUAAUGAGGAUAUUAAUACUAUAUUAACUGCAAUAAAUGUACUCAAUAAGACAUUAAAUCGCGGUGAAGUACGAUUAUCAAAUGAUGAAAUUCUUAAACUACAGUCUGCAAUUCAUGGGCAACUUGGAUACAUUGCUUUAAUUUUAAAUCAGAUAUAUUGUUCUAUCAAUAGUGAUAACAUCCAUUUAAAUGAUAUGUUAAUUGAUAAUCAUAUAUCAGCAAUUGAUGCUGCUUUCAUGUUAAAGCCAUACAUGAGAGCAGAAGAAAAAAACAUUGAAAAUACAUUAAAAAAUGUUUUUAAGAUUACUACAAGAAGAAAAACCAUUAUGAUUACUACAACAAUGUGCAUAGUCCUUGUAUUUGGUCUUACGUUUCAACGUCUAAAUUAUUCAUUCAACUUUAAUUCUGUAUUUAAAAAUUUA